GCAUGGCGAUUAUUUAUCCUUGUUAGUGAUAUUGUUGCGGCGGGUUCCCUUUAGCUUGUGUACAGUAUGUGAUGUUAUUCGCGUUUGAUCGGCUACGUCGAGUUUCUUCGGACAUCUUCAGUCCCCGCAAGUCUGGAAAUGACGUGAACUUGGACCGUUGUCAUUGAGGCGAAAGAUGCGUGGACGACACACUUUCGUGUUCGCUGGGAGAAGUGACGUUGUAGCUCUCGAUUUCAUGACUUUCUCAACGUAGAAUGGCAGCUCAGUUUAGCCGUAGCAUCCUCAAAGUUUCUGUCGCUCAGAUAUGUCAAAACAUUGGGUGGCAUGCCGUGCAUCAGUCGACGUUGGAGCUCCUCGCUGACAUACUCCAUCGCUAUGUACUCGAGAUCGCCCGAACUGCUCAAGCUUACUCAAAUCAAGAUGGGAGGACGGAGCCGAACCUGGACGACCUGUCUCUGGCCUUCCACGACCUGGGCAUCCUGCUGAGCGAGCUGGAAGAGUUUACGAGCAACGUGGAGCCCGUGCCGUUUGCCCAGCGCCUCCCGCAGUUCCCCGUGGCACGGCCCUCGAGCCUGCAGCACCCCAAGCAGGGCAGCCGCGAGCUGCUCCACAGGCCCCACUGGGUGCACGAGUUCCUACCGCCCAUGCACCCGGAGCUAGAGGAGGAAGAAAGCAUGCUCCUGUCUCCGGGUUCGGCGAUUGAUGGCAUGAAGAGGGACAUGGCGUCUAACAGUGCUGGGGAGGACAUGUCUCCCCCUCAUGGCAGUCCCCAGCCCACCAAGAGGAAUCCCGAUGGCACAGAGACACCAACGCCCAAGCGCUUCAGGCUUUGCACCGAAGAGGAAGGCCAGCCUAUGCGAGAGGUGACCAGCGUGUUCAUGACGCCUUCGGGAUUCAUCUCCCCGGCGAGAGAGGGCAAGCUUCCAGAGCCCAGCGCGCCGUCGGCCUUCAUCGGGGCCCUGUCGCCGGGUAUGGCAUCCGACUCGGACUCGUCGGACAGCCUCCCGAUACCCCACAAGGAGGUGAAGGAGUUCAAGAAAGCCCUCAAGCUGAAGAAGGAUGGCAAGGAUGCCAAGAAGGGCAAGACCAAUAAGAAGGACAACAAGGAGAACGCUAGCGUGAAGAAGGGGCUCUUCUUUCCGCCGCCGGCCAAGAAGAGCUCCUCGAGCAACCCGAUGCUGAAGAUCAAGAAGAAGCUCACCAAGGGACUCAAGUUUGCCAAGGAAGGCAGCAGCAAGGGGGUCAAGAUUAAGAGCUCCAAGUCAAAGAACAAAGAGGGCAAGAGCAAGGAGGGCAAGGUCAAGGUCAAGGAGGGCAAGCCCAAGGAAGGGAAGAGCAAGGAGGGGAAGAGCAAAGACGGCUCCAAGUCCAAAUCGAAGAGCAAGGUCAAGGGAUCCCCUGGUGGAGCCCACGGGUGUUUGCCGGGUCUGUCGCCGAAGGCCAAACGGGGCAAGUCUCCCAGCAAGGCCAAGGGCACAACCGGCUCUAAGGGUUCCAAGGGGGAGAAGAAAAAAUCUGCGGGGGCUGCAAGCGAGCCGUCGGCAGCCGUUCCUUUCCUGUUUGGUCCCGGACCGUCUCCCGUGCCGGCGCUUCCACCUCCGCCGCCGCCGCCGCCACCACCACCACCGCCGCCGCAACCGCCGUUCUCUCCUCCUCCCCCUCAGCCCCCGCCACCCCCUCCUCCCCCCACGCUGUCCCCCCCUUCCCCACCCUGCCUGCCUCCCCUUUCCCUCCCACCCCAGCUGACCCCCUCGAUGCUGUCCACGAUGACUCCACUCCAAGUGAUGGCCUGCAAGGCGGAGGAAGAGCGCAACAAGCUGCACGCCCAGGAGGGCGCAGCUGCAGACGACGACCCCUACAAGGACGAGACGCCGUCGCGGGAGGAGUCCCCUGAGCCCCGGCUCGUAAUCGACGACUCCCCGGAGACCGUGAGCAAGCAGGAGAGGGAGAGCCGGCUAGCCGACAUCGACCAGUGCAUCGAUGCGGUCGUGCAGAAGGCCCGGGAGGAGUCGCGCCUCGAGGAGAAGCGGGAGAUCGCACUAGAGGCCGCCAUGCACGGGGCAUUGCCCCGCAAGCUGGACACCCGGGACGUGUACGACUUCACGGACUCUGACUCAUCUCCUCCGCCGACACCCAAGACGCCCGACCUGGCGGGCUCCCCGGCGCCACCCAAAGAACAGAGAGACGACUCAACCCCCGAGCGCUUCCCCCUCCCACCCACCGGGCCAGAGCCGCACAAGAAGCCGCCCAAGGAGAAGACCAAGGGCAAGAAGAAGUCCGGGAAGACCAAGUCGGCCUCGGGGACUCCAUCCCCGAAGAAGGGCCAGCUCCCCAAGUGCCCUGAGGCGAGGGGGUCUCCCCUGGUGGCGCUCUCGCAGCGCUCGGAGACGCCCCCUGAGCCUGCACCCAGCUUCUCGGGCGUGUUUCCCUUCUCCCAGCAGCAGCCGGGAGGCGGUGGCCUCUUCUCCCCCAAGUUCCCGCCAUUCGGCUCCCCGCCCACGCAGGGCUUCCUACCGGCGUUCCCCUUCUCGCAGCUGCGGGGUGGCACGGGGGGUCUCCAGGGGGCGGCCUCGCACUUCCCAACACCCCCUCUGUUUGUACCCCCGCCCCCCUCACACGUGCCAGAGGAGGUGGGGCCGCGCUCUCCCCCUCCCCCCGUCCUUUCGACGCCCCUUGUCCUUGGGGGCAGCCCCUUUGCGGUCAAGACCCUGGCGGAGAAGAAGGCCAUUCCCCCCGUGCCGGGCACCGCGGGACGCGUGGACGACGGCAAGCCUUCUUCCUCCAAGUUGGAGCGUGACGGCGACAAGGGCAAGGCCAAGGAGAAGAAAAAGGACAAGCUGGCCAAGAAGGAGCACCUCAAAAAGAAGCCCAAAGAGAAAGUGAAGGACAAGCCUCCCAAGGACAAGGACAAGGAGCCCAAAGUGAAGCUGAAGCCAGUAGAGAAGCCCAAGGGGGAGAAGAAGGUAAAGAUGAAACUGGGCAAGGAGAAGGAGAAGAAGAAAGGCAAGGAGGAUAAGAAGAAAGACGACGCCAUCCCCAAGAUCACGGUGAAGCUUGGUGGCACUCCGAAGCCAAGUGCUACUAAGAUCCUGUUCAAGGCCCUAGGUCAGGGGUACGAGUCACCUCCAGACCCUUUCGGGGCGUCUCCGCCGUCGUCCCCGGUCGCGCCUCCCCCUCCCGCAGUGCCCCUCCGGAGCCCGUCGCCCCCCGUGCUGAGCCCAGCCUCGACGCAGGGGUCGAGGGGCCGGGGCCGGGGGGCGCAGCCGGCCGCCCAGACCACGCCCCCUGCCCCUCAGCAGCAGCAGCAGACUGGGGCCUCCUCCCUUCUCCCCGCGGCGAGGAUGGUCAUCACCAAGACCGUGGGCACCAUCGUGGAUGAGCAAGGUUUCAAGAUUUUGAUCUGCCCCGCAUGCGCCCGACCCGAUGAUGGCAGUCCCAUGAUCGGCUGCGACGAGUGUGAUGACUGGUAUCACUGGGUGUGUGUGGGCAUUGUGGUGCCCCCAAAGGAAGAGGAGAGCUGGUUUUGCAACCGCUGCAUUGCCAAGAGGCAGGGAGUUCCGGCCAAGAAGAAGAAAAAGAAGCACAGGAAGGAGAAGUAAGGACGCCACAUGCACGGUCCUCCCUCCACGUCCACCUCGCCGGCCGAGCUCGUCCGUCGUCACAUGACCGAGCCGAGCGCCCGUUCGCCAGGACGGGCUCUCCAUCGUUGGCGUUCGGCCACUUCACCGCGGUUCAAUUCGGGCACGGGUUAGCCGGAGAUUGAUCCGCCAUCGUGUCUUUCUCCGUGGAAAGUUGCAUUCUUGGAGAUCCCCGGACACCAAUGUUGGGCUGUACCUCGGUGAGAAUCGUGUUACCAAUCUCGGGCGGCCGACCCGCUUCCAACGUCGGUGCAGAUUACGUUCAGAGUUGGCGCGGGCUAAGCCGGUACGGCGAUUCGGGCUUGGCGGGGACGACCGAGUCGGAGCGGGCGACGGCGACAUUUACUUUUAACGUUUCACACGGACUUCACGCGGUCCUCGGUGUCUGCACAGACAUAAAUUGUACAUAUGUGACUUGUUUCUCAUAGUUCCAAACUUUUCUGUCGACGCGCUGCUAAGGAUAUUACCAAGCUCUUUGUGCGUUAUGACUUUGUUACUGUUACGUCAGUUGUUUGCGUGAUUUUUCGUGUCAUUUUGUUCGGGCCCCGUGUUCUUUGUUACGUCAAUUAUUGUUAUUUUAUUGGCUUUCCUACGUAGAAACGUCAUCCAGUGCACGGCGUAGUAUAUGUACAGUCGAACCCGGAUAUAUUGAAUUCAAAGGGGAUUGUAAAAUAGUUUGAUGUAUCAAUAAUUUGAUAUACAAAAUUGUUAAAUUGAGCUACAGUUGAAACUUCCUGGUGUCUCUGCUAAUACCAAAGGUCGCGACAAACAGGACCUUACCAAAUAGAGCAUCCAAGAGCCGCUAAAUACAGUAGGGCGUAGUUGGCGGAGACCGCAAACACCGCUGCGCUUACACGCGCACCUGGCUGGGACCUCCACACAGCAUAAACGACAAAACACAAAAAUAAGAUUAAAAAAGAAAAAUGGAAAAGCGAAGACGCAUAAAAAAAAUCUCAUGAUCGAUAGAAAAAGUUAUGCAAGCAACAAAAAAGAAAGCUCACUAAAUUCAAAAAGCAAAAAAAGAAGGGCAAAAAAAAAAAAAAGGGCGAAGCAAUAACAGCAAAAGAAAAAGGUAGACAAAGAUAAGGCGUUCACAGUGCGAUCAACACACUCGAUUUGUGGAAGACUCCUUUUUUUUUUUUUUGUGGGGGGGGUUAUUUUAUUUUGGGGCUAGGGAGUUGCUCAGCAUCAGCAGUGUUCGAGGAAAGGAUGCAGGCUACCGUACCAAUAGCAAGCGCUCCUUGCUCUCCCUAGGUGCAUGUGCGUGCCCUUCCCCUUGCUUUUGCCAUCCUCCAACUUUUUUUUUUUUUUUUUUUUUUUUUUUU